GAAGAGUUCCGGGUCUGAACGCAACGUCAACUUCCUUCAUCGCUUGCUGCUGCACAUUUCAGAAGAGAUAAUGGAAUAUCUUGAGAAAUUGGUUCCAGCUUUCAUCAAAAACAUUCCAACACACAUGGACUUUGAUGGACAGAAAAGAGCUGAGAAAUGGUUCCAAAUCAUCAUAAUGGUGUUUGGGGUGGUUGGCUUCAUUUGGGGAUAUAUCUGCCAGCAGUUUUCACAGACCAUGUACAUUCUCAUAGCAGGGUUUGUUAUCUCCUGUUUUUUGACUCUGCCACCCUGGCCUGUGUACAGAAGGAAACCACUGAAGUGGCUUAAAGUUAAACAGGAACCAGAAUCAGAUUCUACAAAUAAUGCCACGCCAAGUUCUGGAUCAUCGCACAAACGACGAGGGAAAUAGACUCAAUUCAUAGAAACCAAUAAUUUGCAUCACAGUUAUGUAAUUUAUUUUUUCGAAAUCUGAAAUCUAAAUUGAAAAAAAUUGUCUGUGGUAAAGUAUACUUGAUAUGUGUUCAUUUGAUGUUGGUUCGGUAUAAAAGUUAAUUCAGAGAGAGAAAAAAACAGAAUUAAACAAAGUGAAAAAUCUGGCCUGUAUACAUAGAUUUGACGAUGUGUCAAUUUCAUGCUGGGUUUUUUAAAGAUGUGAAACAGUAUUACAUAUACUAUUUCUACAAAUCAUAUUGAUAGGGCCAACCUCAAUCAGUUUUUGAGAAAUUCAGGAAACAGAAAAUCAAUCAAUUAACCCUUUAACCACUAUAGACCGUAAUGGACUUACCCAGACCAAUGCAUGGUAGAGUUUAUUAAAGUUACAUAGGGGUGAAAGGGUUAAAACCACCUCAUAACGUUUCAAUAUUUACUUGUUGUGCCUCAACACACAAUCAUAUACAAUAUACAUGUGACUAUUGACUUAACAUCAGUUACUUACAAAUUAAAAGAUAAAUAAAACCUUUGCUGCAAAUAUUAAUGCUAUAUUUCCUGGUGUGUAAAGUGGGAGGUGUAGCAGUCAACAUGUCUGUAAGUGUCACUACCAUAUAGAAACAAAAGUUUGAAAAUUGCAGCAUGGUUGUAUAUUAAACUUUAUGAUUUUAAAUCUAUCAUAAAAUGAAGUGUUACCAUCAGUUCGGAUCAUAGGGAUAUCAUCUGCUUAUAUAAAUUAUUAUUCAAUAUGAAGGGUGUUGUAAAUUUUCAGUGAAAAUCGCUUAUUUUUUGUGGGCUUGUUUAUUUCAUGGUGUAUCUUGUGAUCUCUCACUGUCUUCAGGAAAUGAAAAAAUCCUAAUAUAACACUUGUUGAUAUAUUUGAACCAAUGUUCAAGAUGUAAUAUUUGUAUUAACCACAGAAAAAAUUGCUUAUAAAUGAAUGUGAAAAUAAAUUGUACUGAAGAUUUUUUCUACAUUUACUCUUGGAAUAUAAGGGACCGCAGGUCGGCUGUGUCUUCAUCAGAUAUGGUUGUGGCGACUGCGAUGUGGUCAAUGUCCAAAGUAUCUCGGCGUCGUUACAGCUCUAACAUUGCUGAAGUAUCUUACUAUGUACUAAUUGUACAGACUUUGUGAAGUGUAUCUGUGGGUAUGUAAUGAUGAGAGAGCACCCGAUUGUUUAUAAUACCAGUCCUGUACUCAUAUCUUAGUUUGAAAGGGUAAAGUCUCUCUGUAUUCUUAUGAUUGUAAUAGUCAGCAAUUGUAGAUUCACACAUCAUUGUAAUCUAUACGGAUUUAUAUAUGAAAUCAUGUGCUGAUCAACGUUCUGGUAUUUCUGAUAUUUGGAGUGAUUAGUGUUAUUGAAGAACCGUUUGACAGUUUGGUAACAUAUUGUGUGACAGACGUAUGGCAGUGGAUGAUACCUGUGCAAAUUUAUUCAAAUCCUGAUUAGUUGAACUACAAUUUAAUGCAACGUUUAAUAUUCAAAAAUGUAAAUUUGAAACUUAAAACAGAAGUUGUAUGUUUACAGAUUAAUAAUAUAAUAAAAAACAGAAUAUUUGUAAAAAAACAACAUAUUUAUCAAAAACCACAUUUUGAAAACAUGGGUUAACAUCUCCUGAAGCUUUGCCUGAUGUGAACAACCAGUCCCUAAUGAUAUAUGAUAGUAUAGUUUUCAUUUCAUUCUAAAUCAUCCUCGAAAUCCCAGCGGUUACUUUCACUUACAUUCUCAGCACACAUGUAUAAUGCUAUAAUCAAAGGCUCUGUACACACCUUGUGAAUGAUAUAAGUGGACUAGCUUGAUCUUUUCAUGAACAUCAGAAGGUUUGACUGCUGUGUAAUGGUAAACUUGACUGACGUUGUACGGGUGUCUCAGUGUAAUGGUAAACUUGACUGACGUUGUACGGGUGUCACCGUGUAAUGGUAAACUUGACUGACGUUGUACGGGUGUCACAGUGUAAUGGUAAACUUGACUGACGUUGUAUGGGUGUCACAGUGUAAUGGUAAACUUGACUGAAGUUGUACGGGUGUCUCAGUGUAGUGGUAAACUUGACUGAUGUUGUACGGGUGUCGCAGUGUAAUGGUAAAUUUGACCGACGUUGUACGGGUGUCACAGUGUAAUGGUAGAUUUGACUGACGUUGUACGGGUGUCACAGUGUAAUGGUAGAUUUGACUUACGUUGUACGGGUGUCGCAGUGUAAUGGUAAUCUUGACUGACAUUGUACGGGUGUCGAAGUGUAAUGGUAAAUUUGACGUACGUUGUACGGGUGUCACAGUGUAAUGGUAGAUUUGACUGACGUUGUACGCGUGUCACAGUGUAAUGGUAGAUUUGACUUACGUUGUACGGGUGUCACAGUGUAAUGGUAGAUUUGACUGACGUUGUACGGGUGUCGCAGUGUAAUGGUAGAUUUGACGUACGUUGUACGGGUGUCACAGUGUAAUGGUAAACUUGACUGACGUUGUACGGGUGUCACAGUGUAGUGGUAAAUUUGACCGACGUUGUACGGGUGUCACCGUUUAAUGGUAAAUUUGACUGACGUUGUACGGGUGUCACAGUGUAGUGGUAAAUUUGACUGACAUUGUACGAGUGUCGCUCCUUUGUAGCCUUCAAAUGACAGGUAUCAGCCUAGCAAUAGGUUAUCUUUAAACCUGAAACAAAUCAAAUAGCUAGCCACAGAGAACAUAAGUGAGCGUAGCCAUCAGGAAAUUUGAGGAUGAUGCUAAAAGUACAUACCUUGUAUUGAAACCUCCACUUCUGUAUGGUUUACUUAUCAAACCUUUAUUGGCUAUUUGGCUGUUUGGUGCAUUGUUCACAUGGUUCAGAAGAUACGUUUUAGUGUAUUAAUGUUUAAACAUCUGCUCAAGCAGAACCAGUACAUAUUUUAUUUCAACACCAUAGAAUUUUUGAAACAUAGCUUUGUUUUAAAAACUUCAUCAGCUUUAUUACAUGAUUGCAUGGUUGGGAUAAACAGGAAAUGUGAUCAUGAAGAGACAUACAAGUUUUGUGGGGAAAAAUUGAAUAAAAAGAUGAAAAGUUUCUA